AUGCCUCCUCCCUCGUACAUAACCGACCCGCUCCCGCCUCCGCAACUGAGCCAAGUGGCCGCGCAGGGCUUCGCCUCGGGUGCCCUGCGGUUCGGCACCAUCAGCUUCGCCACGCACUUCCUCCUGAACCGCUACACGCCCGUGUACCGCGGCCUGACGAUCCAGUUCAAGGUGUUUCUGCAGAUCAGCGCCAUGAUCCUGGGCGGGUGCAUCUUCGCCGAGAAGCGCGUGGGGGAGUUCAACGAGGGGAUCCGUCGGCAGCGAAGGGCGCUGGACCGGAGUCGCCGUGCGUGGGAGGAGGAGAGGGAGGUGCGUGAGAUGGUCGAGCGGCGGAUCGCGGCCGAGGAGCGCGCGCAGAAGAGUUCUGGUGGUGGUGGCGGCGGCGGUGGCACCGACAGUGUGGGAGGGAAGUAA